CCCCUCGUGUCCAUCAACAAACGUGUUCGGGAAUUACAGUACCCUGGAGCAUCUGCCUAAUGAAACUCCUGGCACCCCUCCAAUUGCGACCUACCAACCUUCCGGCGUGUUAUGCCGCGGUCAAGUACGAAGAGGGGAGGCUACCGAGCAUCGCCUCGCAAUGGCAAAUUCCGCAUUAGUACAAAAUCCGAUUGUCCGGCGUCGAACCAACAAGAAUUACGGGGGUCAUCGACAGCAUUCACGUUAGCAGACGAAGCGCGCAGUACGGCUCAUGGACAGGAUGCCUGGAGCAGGGAGUCUCGUCUGCGUAGUCGACCUGUUUGCUUUGUCAGUGCGGGGGCUGUUGACCCUACGGGACAACUCGAACAACAGCUCCAACAAAAGGCUAGCAACGCUCUAGAAGAACUGUCGCAGCGGUCUAACGAGCAUGAAGACGAACCUGCGAGCAAUAUGACACCAAAGUCUGGACCGGCAACAGCCACCCUCGAGACAGAGUUAACGAAAAGUAGUUAUUCUUUCGAGUCGAUUUCACGUAGUGACCAAGGCCAGUUGGAAACUUCGGUGUCACGGAGUGCCUCAAACAUACCGGCAGCUCCCUCGGGCCUAGACCUUAUGAGCGGUUAUUUGGAACCUAAAUCUAUUGUCGCAAGUGAAGCGGACGUUCCGGGCUCAUCGAAGACCAACUCGGACCCGGCGAGUCUCUCGCUUUUCUUUGUUGAUACGACACGCGAUUCGUCGUAUCGUGACCGAAUCCCAGUACAGGGAACAACAUCCUACGCAUCGGACGACCCUGACGCGGAUUCCAGCGAAGAAGUUAUCUUAUUCAAAGGACGUAAUCAUCCACGCAAACCCAAAUCUCCGGUAGCCCAGGCAUUUGACUUGGCGAAGCUACGUUCGGAGAUCCACGUCGUCAGCGAAGCCGCCUGCACCAGUGCCAUCAAGAGAACGUUAGAAGACGAUUCCCCGAAAACAUUCCACAACCACGAACCAGCAUCCAAAAACAUCAGCAAGGAGAAGAGGCGAAAAGCCCGGAAAAAAUGCAUUACUCGACCACGUUCCGUAGUAAAAAAGGAGGACGAAGUGCUAGCAGACUACAUCGCAAAUAUGAGACAAUAUGAAAGCGAGGAUAAAGCGGACCUCAGCGAUCUCGAUGGCUUGAUCCGGACUCUCGACAGCACCCAAAAAGAGUCUCCAAUCGAAGAUCAUUGUUUGGCUGGUGGCACUGGUGCAGAGCAAAGGGUAGAGAUGUCCUCAGGAAUAUCCCUUGGUAAUUUCGAUGCCGAGAUGCGUACGACAGACGCAACACGCAGCCAUGAUACAGAACCAGCCGACAAGGAUUCCCCUCCAAGCAUUCAUUCACCAAGCGACGACGAUAUAGCAGAAGAGGAAGACUUUGUCGCGAUGUGCUCCCUGAACAGGAUGGGAAUAGGUCCCGUCGAUACCGACUACAUGAGCUGGGACGUGACUCCAGAGAGCAGGCGCAAACAGAAGAAAAGCAAAUUACCUCAAUUUGGUAUCUCUGACUCAGAACUCGAGGGGCAGAUGCAGACAGCAUUCAACCGGAACAGAUUAAAGAAAGCCGAGAGAAAGAGGGAGCGUCAGGAACUCCGAGCAUUGGGUCUUCUUGGCCGCAAGACUGAGCCACAAGACCUACGAGCGAAGUAUCCCCACCGCAUGGCUCUUGAUCAGAUUGCGGAUGAACUGAGGUCAUUUCUCCUUGGUGCCCAGAGCAGUUCAACAUUGCCUCCGAUGGACAACCACGCCCGAAAGGUCAUUCAUGAAUUAGCUAACAAGUUCUACAUCAAGUCGAAAUCGACCGGGGCUGGAAACCAGCGCCGUCCUACACUUACCCGGACUGUGAGAACGUUUAAGUACUCGGAAGACGUUUUUGACGUGGCCAUAUCUCAAGUCGCCCGUAAAUAUUACCCUACGCGCGAUAUUGCGGGCAGCACAGCUUUGCAAAAGAGUUCGGGCCGACGAGGUGCUGGGCAUUCCGCCACUAGCUAUCGCGACGGUGAGGUUGUCGGGGGCUCGGCACCAGAACUUGGCCAGGAAAAUCGUGGGCGAGCCAUGCUCGAGAGAAUGGGUUGGAGUAAUGGCACAGCUUUGGGCACCAUGACGAACAAGGGCAUUUUGCAGCCUGUUGCCCACGUCGUGAAGCUGGGAAAGGCCGGGCUUGGUUAGCCAUCCAUCCUGUGCGAGACACAAACUGGCUAAAUUGUCAAGGGCAGGUUUGAAGUAGUGGAAGUCGGGUGAUAGUAAAAGACGUAGAGUUCAUGUGUUAAUAAACCGUUG